UGAGUUAAUAGAGCAACAACCGCCAUCUUGAUUUACUGACGAAUUAAAGAUAGUUUUGUCAAGGUUUGAUUGCAACAAGUAUGUUGGUAGAGACUAUUGACAAAUGUUUUACCACGAUAUGUGAAGUGUAGUUCAAGUCGAAGUUGUUUUCUACACUGGAAACGGCUUUUACCUGCUUGAUUUGUUUCUGCAUGUAAAUUAUUAUUUUGAAAGUAAAUAUUAUUUACCCGUUAAGAAAGAACAGUAUUGCAGAUAAAUUGGGUGUCAUGAAAGUGAAAUGAUUGAAGAGAUGGUCCAGUAAAUGUGUGAUGUAAUGCUGUAUAUCUACAUAAAAGCUUGCUAGGUUUUGACAGUCACGUCGAAGAUUUGUUUGUUAGGAAACAUGCAAGCUCCUAGUGGAAUUCCAGGUCAAAAUUUGAUUCAGAGAUGUGUGAUUGUUCAGCGGGAUCAAAAAGGGUAUGGAUUAACUGUUACUGGUGACAAUCCUGUCUAUGUUCAGUCUGUGAGAGAAGAUGGUGCUGCAGAUGUUGCUGGUGUUCGUGUUGGAGAUAAGAUUGUGAAAGUUAAUGGAACGCUGGUGACAAAUUCUAAUCAUAAAGAAGUUGUGGACUUGAUAAAAUCUGGAUCAUAUGUUGCUCUUACAUUACUUGGAAAACCUCCUUCAGUGCUUCCACUUUCAGAAAUUGUAACUCCACUUGUGUCAUCUCCAACAUCGCCAACUGUUUCUUGGGAUAACAUCGAAGAGAGAAUUAAGAACAUUCGUCGUUAUCUUGAGCAAGAACAGAUUUUCGUCAAUAGAAUUCAGUCUCAAUUCGAUGAGAAACCCAGUCAAAAACUCGAAAAAGAGCUUGCAGAGUCAAAGAAACGAGCGAAAGCUUUAGAGCAAGAACUUAACGCGUUAUUAACGAACAGAUCAAGUAUUUUGCCAUUAUCUGGGGAGACUUCACCGACAGAUCCAGUUUUUGGUGUUGAUCUACCAAAGCGAUUAAAACCUGAAGCAAAGGGUGUAUAUGAUAAUGUUCCAGAUGUCCAGGGUCGAAAAGUUAACAAUCGUCAUAUAAGCAUGAGCGGGGAUUUUCCAAAAUCACACCUCAAUUUUAAUAAGCCAGCCGAACGAAGCGAAAGUUUUGCUGGUCACCGUCCAUUAGUUAGAAAACCUGGCUAUGGUCCCGGUAGUCAUCGGUCGAGAUCCCUUCCUGGAGCUGGUGCUCACAAAGCGGAUAUCGUUAAAGCUGUUACAAUUAAUGGAGAAGAAAGCAACGAAGAUGAAAGCCAUAGUCUUGAUAUGAGUGAUUCGGGAAUCACUGCUGUAAACAUGCCUUAUCACCAACAAUCAAUCAUAUGCCCUGAUGAUGAUGAUUUCCCUUCGGAAGAUGAGAAGUGUGAAGAUCACGGCCCAUUCAAUGAUCUCAAUUUACUCAAUCAUAAACCAGCUCAUAUGGCUGUAUUCCUUCAUUAUCUGAUCUCAAACAGUGAUCCAACAAGUUUGUUAUUCUGGCUUGUUACGGAAGGAUAUGAUGAGGGGUCCUCCAAAGAUAUGAGAAAGUGGAUUUAUGAAAUAUAUUCUACAUUUUUAGCUGAUGGAGCACCAUUGAAAUUCGAUGACGACUCGACAUCUGAAGGAAUAAAGAAAAUUGAAUCUGCUUUAUCGAGCGCGAAAUGCAGCGAGGAAACAUUAAGAGGUCUAUUAAAACCUCUCAGGUUAGCUGCUGCAAAAGACAUUUCAUUAAUGCUGUCAGAUUUUCGUGCUAAACGAGCUCUAGGCUUGGGAAAUCUUUUUGGGGAUCAUCAACUAGAGGAUGAUCACAUGGAUAGAAAUAAAGAAAUAACAGUUGUCGAACAAACAUUGGUGCAUCAUUUAAAUAAUUUGCUAAAUGAAGUAGAUAACCUAUCCAACAACUUUAAACCUUCUGCAUAUAUCAUCAAUCAAAUAUUUAGAAGCGAGUCUUUGUCCUGGUCAAUUGCAACGUUCAUGAGAAAUGUUGGUAUAACUUCUAAGACUGCAAGCCCGAACACGAACGUUUUAGAAAGAUGUAAAACGUACGUUAAUAAAGAUAGUUUAUCGUAUGUGCCAAGUAUUGUAAGAGGUGGAAGAAAAGACAAAGAAAGAAAAAAGAUGAUAAUGGGUCAUAAUUUUCAUCCAGUGAUUUAUCAAAAUACGACCUAUUGUAAUCUAUGUCAUCAGUUAAUCUGGGGGAUUGGACACCAGGGAUAUCAGUGUCAAGCGUGUGAUUAUAAUGUUCACAAGCUACGCUGUAUAGAAGCCAUUGAUGAAGCUUGUACUGGACGAAAGAAGGACAGAAUUGCUACGAGACCUGAAUUAUCACGGCGGAGCAGUGCAAAUGCAUUGAAAACAAAUGAUUCUGCUCCUGCACUUCACUCACCAGAUCCUAGAGAAGCUGAUUCACUAAAAGUGGGGAAAUUCGUGGAUGGUAUACCUACAAGUCCUAGUCGUCUGGAGUUGGAUAAAGAAAGGCCAAAUUCGUCGUCAUUUGAUCAAAAAAGUUCCAACCCUGUAUCUCGUACGACCAGCAUGACCACUAGUAAGAAAAAUGAAGCUCGUGUAAGACCUAGUGGCCGAUCGAAAACAACAGAAGUUUUCAUUCCUGGUAUAACAAAAAAUGACAAAUUUUUAGAUCGUAUAACAGAACCUCCUCAAAUUGAGAGUGAUGAUGAAGAGGAUUCUGACUUAGAAAUACCCACAGAAAUACCGAAUUUAAAAGACGUGAUUGAUGCGAAGCUUUACAAAACAUUGAAUAGCAAAAGCCGAAAAAGACUUGAAAUCAUUAAUGAGCUUGUGUACACGGAGAGAACCCACGUUAGAACUCUGAAAGUCUUGCACAAAGUUUUUUACAAACCUUGGUUAAAAGCUAAGAUCGAAUAUGAAACUGUGGGAAAACUUCUUUUUCCCAAUCUUGAAGAAUUAAUUAAGAUACACAAGUCCCUUGUACAGGCGAUGUUAGAUAAACGGGGAGAAGAUGGCUAUGUUAAUGAGAUUGGUGAUGUCUUAUUAAAUAGGUUUGAUGACCAGCCUGGAGAGGAAGCAAAAGAAGCGUUUGCUAAAUUUUGUCAAGGACAGAAUAACGCACUGGAACUUAUAAAGGCCAAACAAAAGGAAAAAAGAAAACUGGAUGAAUUUAUUCAGCAAUGCGAAAGUAAUCCUUUGUGUCGAAAACUUGCCCUUCAAGGAAUUAUUUCAAGCAGUUAUCAACGUCUUACUAAAUAUCCACUGUUCUUGGAUAGUCUUCUCAAGGCAACUCCAAGCAGCAAUUCUGAUCACCCUCGACUGGUAAAAGCCAUUAAGAUUUGCAAGCAAAUUCUAGAAUAUGUCAAUCAAGCGGUAAAAGAUUACGAAGAUCAGCAGCAUUUGGCCGAAUUAAGUAAAAAAAUUGACAAGUCACCUCUGGAAAAAUCAAACCAUAAAGCAGCGGAAGAGUUCAAGAAUUUAGAUCUGACAAAGCAUAAAUUAUUAUUUGAUGGACCUUUAACUUGGAGAAUGAGUCAAAGCAAAUAUAUUGAUUUACAUGCUAUCCUGCUUGAAGAUCUUCUCGUAUUGUUGCAAAAACAGGAUGACAAAUAUGUUUUGAAAUGUCAGAGUAUGAAAAGUUAUCAAGACAAUAAAACUACACAUAGUCCUGUUUUAAAGCUUUCCACUGUGUUGACAAGAAAUGUUGCAACAGAUAAGAAAGCGUUUUUCAUUGUUGGUACGUCGGACAAAGGUCCACAGAUUUACGAAUUAGUUGCAGCAACCAUAGAAAAGAGAAGACAAUGGUUCAAAGUUAUUACUGAAGCAAUUGAAACAUGCAAAGGCAAAGAACGAGGACGGCGAAAUGCAGUUGUCGUAACUACAGAUUCAUUAAAAGAUAUGGAUGAUGUUCCGGAGCAAGAGAAAGAAGAAUUCGAGACAAAAGAGAAAAAUGACUUGGGUAGCGAAAAGAAAGAAGGAGAGAAAGAAAGCAUUGACUCAGAGGAAAAGGAGAAAGAUUCAGAAGAAUCGAAAGAAGUUUCAUCAAAGGAUAACCUGACUAUGAAUGUCCCCACUCAAAAAGUUGAAGAAUUUAAACAUCAACAGAGUAUUGAGCCACCAAAUUCAGCAAUAGUUGCAGAUGGAUCUGAUACAGACACUACUGAAAGUCUGAAAAAUAAUUCACCUGAAGAUAGUGUGCGAUCAUCACGAUCCUCUGUGGAAGUAAUGGAGUUGUUGAAGCAAAAAGAUGACGAAAUUAGAAAGUUACUGGAGGAAAAAUCACGUUUGGUUGAAGAGUUUCAGGGAUCACAUUCUAUUGAAAAUUUAGUAUCUAAGGGAUCGGUAACAGAUACGAAUGAAGAUGCGAGAAGUCUUGUUGUUGAAUCAAUACUAGAAGCCAACCAUAUAACUGCCGCUGUUACUAGCAUUUUAAGCCCAAGCGAAAGAUCACAAAAUAACGAAGAAAAUCCUUUACCUCCUCAGCAACAAUUGGCAACAUCGACUGCCAAACUGAAUGAAUGUCUCACGAAAUUAUUAAACGUCAUUAGUGAGAGAGACAUCAACCGCGAAAGGCUCCAAUACGACUUACAGCAAUAUCAGGGAAGGGCACAUAAACUCGAGCAACAACGAUCAAAUUCUCCAAGAGGUUUACAUCUGUCACAUUCUGACGAAACAUUUUAUCCAAACUAUGAUGGACAUGGAAACUGGGAAUCCUUAACUGACAGAUUAGCGUUGCCCAAUAACCAUAAUGAUAUACCAAGACAGUUAAGAACUUCCUCAUUCAGUGGAUGUAGUGAAAGCAGUAGAAGUAGUCAUGGAAGUAUAAACAACUCCUUGGCUCUUGGAGAUUUUACUGAUCAACUAGAAGUAUGACAUCACGAUAUUUCCUAACUAUCUAAUGCUACGUGGUUUUCGUUGGUUUCAGGCCCCUACGUAGCGACAAUCUACAUGUAUUUUGUGUUAAAGAUAUUUUUACAUAUUGAUUGUUGUGAGCUUUGACUAUUUCACAAUUAUUAGUAUGUCUAUGUUUUACAUUUUCCUAUCUGGAAAACAAGUUUGAGUAAGUAAACAAUUUAUUUAAGUAUUUAAACCAACAUAUAAAUUCUGACAUCUGUAAGAAAAUGGACUAAAAACUCAGACUGAAAAAAAUAUUGGCAAUUUUCAAAAACCAAAAUGUUCAGGUUGUAGACAACCUGUUAAUAUUUCCACACAAUAUUCAGUCAUCAUAUUCUAUGUCAGUGAAGUAAUUGCUUGUGGUUUGAUGAUGUAGAAAUUUUAUGUUUGGUUAAUUUCCAUAGCAACGGUCAAAUGUGAUGACCAUUAUUAUACGAUCAAUUUGCACCAGUCAGUAAAUCAUCAAGCAAAAUUUUAUCUCUUUGAUUUUUGCUUUAUUUUUAUUGACUAAAUGUAUUUUACUAUUCUUGGAACAUGAAAGAACAAUGAUAAUUUGUUGUGUGUCGUUGUACAGUUCACUAUAGCGUGUAUAGAACAAUUUUGUAAUUCAAUACUAGAAAAUGUACAGGAAUAUGUUGACUUGUGUUGACAAAUAAAUUUUCAAUAGCUUA